CUCCUCCCCCCUCUGCUCUCUCUCUCUCUCUCACGCUCUUCCCUUUGAGCCUCUUCUUUCGCCAUGGACGUUUCAUGGUUUCUUCCGAAACUCUCUGCGCUGGUCUGUUAUCUCCUUCUCGUGAUCGCCGCUCUCAAUUCCGGCGGCGAAAAUGGGGCCGUCGAGGCGCGCCACAGGAUCUAUCCGGAGUAUCAGACCCUCCAUGCCGUCACGGUGAAGCAGGCCCACCGGACCGGCUACCACUUCCAACCUCCUAAGCACUGGAUCAACGACCCUAAUGGACCUAUGCACUACAAUGGAUGGUACCAUCUGUUCUACCAAUACAAUCCCAAAGGGGCGGUGUGGGGCAACAUAGUGUGGGCCCACUCGGUCUCGAAGGACCUCAUCAACUGGCAGGCCCUUCCUCCCGCCAUCUCCCCGUCCAAGCCCUUCGACAUUAACGGGUGCUGGUCUGGAUCCGCCACCGUCCUCCCGGGCAACCGCCCCGUCAUCCUCUACACCGGCAUCGACACCAAGAACCGCCAGGUCCAAAACUACGCCAUCCCCGCUAAUGCCUCGGACCCAUACCUCCGGGAGUGGACCAAGCCCGACGACAACCCCAUUGUCAACCCUGGGUCUGGCGUCAAUGCCAGCGCCUUCCGCGACCCGACCACCGCGUGGUUCGAGGACGGGCACUGGAAGAUCCUUGUCGGCGGCAGAGUGAAGCGUCGGGGGAUGGCAUAUUUGUACAGUAGCAGGGAUUUCGUCCACUGGACGCAGGCGAAGCACCCGCUGCACUCGGUGCGGAACACCGGCAUGUGGGAGUGCCCCGACUUCUUCCCAGUUUUGAAGAGCGGCGCCAACGGUCUGGACACGUCGGUGCUAGGCCAAGGUGUGAAGCACGUGUUGAAGGUCAGCCUCGAUCUGACGCGGUACGAGUAUUACACCGUUGGGACUUAUCACCCGAACGAGGACAAAUACGUGCCUGAUAACACCUCGGUCGAUGGGUGGAGUGGGCUGAGGUACGAUUACGGAAACUUCUAUGCUUCCAAGACAUUCUUCGACCCAGUCAAGAACCGGAGGAUCCUAUGGGGUUGGGCCAAUGAGUCUGAUGCAGUCGAGUCUGAUGUCCAAAAGGGAUGGGCUGGAAUCCAGGCGAUUCCAAGGAAGAUAUGGCUUGACAGCAAUGGGAAACAACUGUUGCAAUGGCCUGUCGAAGAACUAGAGAAGCUGCGGGGACGAAAUGUUCACAUGAGCAGUGUCAAGCUAAACAAGAGCGAAAAUGUCGAGAUUAAGGGAAUCACAGCAGCUCAGGCUGAUGUGGACGUGGUGUUCUCGUUCUCGAGCCUAGAUGGGGCCGAGCAAUUCGAUUCGAGCCGGGUGAACGCGCAAGACCUCUGCAGUGAGAGGGGCUCGGGAGUUCCGGGCAACGUUGGGCCUUUCGGGCUCUUGACGUUGGUAUCCGAGCACCUAGAAGAGUUCACCCCGGUCUUCUUCAGGAUCUUCAAAGGCAAUGAUCAAGAGAAGCACAAAGUCCUCAUGUGCUCUGAUGCAAGGAGCUCGUCUCUAAAAUCGGGACUCUAUAAACCAUCGUUCGCUGGUUUCGUGGACGUGGAUUUGAGUGAUGGGAAGAUUUCCCUCGGGACCCUGAUCGAUCAUUCUGUGGUGGAGAGCUUUGGAGCCGGAGGCAAGACGUGCAUCACAUCUAGGGUGUACCCGACGCUUGCGCUGUUUGACAAGGCCCGUCUCUUCGCCUUCAACAAUGGGACCGAGACAAUCACGAUCGAGACUCUCGACGCCUGGAGCAUGAGCCGGCCCGUGAUGAACCAAGCUCUGAUAUAGAGCAACAACGCCUGUAUGUAUCAUGCUCUGGGAAAAAUUAGGGAAAGGAGGAGGCUUUCUUUGUUUUUGCCCGUGUAAAUAAUGAGAGCUUGGAUCAGUAAAACAAUCGCCCUUUGACCGAGAGGCGAUAGCCAGCUAGACCUUGUUUGUAAUUUGCUUGCACAAAUAAUUCAAUUAAGAUGUUUUAUUCGC